AUCCAAUACCCGUAACCUUACAAGGUGCGUUGUUACCUACAAUAACAUUACCCCCAUUGCAAGACUCAAACGUGUCAAACCAAUCUCAACGUGGACUCAUAUGGAACGAACACCCUGAAUCUAGAACCCAAUCAUCAGAAAGAUCCCCAGAUUUAGCACUCACUAAUGCCAAAUCUUCCUCCGAAUAUAGUUCUCCUUCGGUUUUCCCUUAACUACAGCAGCUUGGGACUUGCCACUAUCCCCGUUAUCACCUAUAGCUUUUUGACGAACUUCCCUAGUAUGAAGUGCUGCCUUCACUUCUUCUAGGGUCGGGGAGUCUUUACCAACAACAAACGACUCCACAAAAUUCUCAUAGCUAGACUGGAAUACACGGACACGUCCCUGGACUGGCGUGUCUCGUGUUGGACACGGACACGCGAAAAUCCGUGUCCGACACGCCAAAUGAAGUGUCCAAUAUUUUAAUAUUUUUUCGGACACGCAGACACGGCAAGGACACGGAAGGGACACGGCAAGCAGUCAAGGACACGUUUUUUAAAAAAAAUAAAAAAUAAAAAAUUUUUCUUUUUUCCUCUUCUUUCUCUGCCACCACAUGUGAGAGCCGCUAGCAUCGCCGCCUUCUCCUUCAAUAUGUGCGCCACAACCACUACUGACAUCCUCACCUUCUUUGCUCCUCUACUCAUGCAUUUAGGCCACCGCAGCAGGCCACAAACCACGCACCACCAUUUGUUGCCCCAAACCGCACCACAAUCAAUUAAAAUUUGUAAAUUACUUAUGUUGAUUGGUUAGUAUUAUUAUGUUCAUCACUAAUUCUUAAAUGAGACGGUCUCACAUAUAUACUUUUUAUCUUAAAAUGAUCACUUAUAACAUUUAAAUGAUUACUUACAAUUUUAAAUGAGAAGAUUCUAUUUGUCUUGGUAUGGCGGAUCUUUCUCUCGAUGAGCCCGAGUUGGAAACUACUUUUGUAGCGGAGGAUGAUGAUGGAUGUCAUAUGGAUGAUGUGUGAUGAUCAAACUUAAAUUUACCUAUUUAUUUGGUUUUCUUUGAUUUGGUUUGUAUGACUAUUUUUAAAUACUCAUGUUGUUUAUUUGGUACUUAUUUGCAUUUUAUGUGAGUUUUAUGUUUUUAAAGUGUUUAUUUACAUAUAUCAAUUGAAAGAUUGUAAAAUUAUCUUUAAUUUGAUAUAUUUAUUAUAUUACCAUUUUCAUGUCCCCGUGUCCGCCAUUUUUAAGUUGGCGUUUUCCCGUGCUUGUGUCGUGUCCGUGUCGGUGUCCGUUUUAGUGCAACCUAGUAGCUAGAAGGUAGAGACACAAGUAAAAUCAACGCAGCAUCCUCAUCAUCUAUUUUAACAUCUAAGUUACGCGAAUCCAGUAAAAUAGAGUUAAGUUUUUCAAGAUGUUCCCGUAAGGGAGUACCUGACUGCAUUCGGAGGCUGAACAACCGCUGCUUCAGCUAUAAUUUGUUGGUCAGCGACUUAGUCAUAUACAAUGACUCCAAUUUUAUCCAAAGUUCCGCCGCUGUAGCCUGAUCAGCGACCUCCGUGAUGAUAUGAUCAUCCAAACUUAGCAAAAUGGUAGAAUGAGCCUUUUCCUCCAUCACUGCUAAUUGCCCGUCAGUUAAUCCAUCAUCCGACCCCGCAGUAGUACUCCUUGAAGCCAACAGACGCCAGAUUUGCUGCUGUUUCAACAGAGCCUUCAUCUUUAUCUGCCAUAGCCCGAAACUAUUUUUCCCGAUGGAUGGGAGAAUCGGUGGGUUAAAUCUGACUGGAAGAAAGACGAGAACAUGGCUGGUGAAUGGAAUUAUACAUCCGGUAAAUGGAAUGGAGAUGUUAAUGACAAAGGUAUCCAAACCAGCGAGGACUACAGAUUCUAUGCCAUCUCCGCUGAAUUCCCUGAAUUCAGCAACAAAGAUAAGACUCUAGUUUUCCAGUUUUCUGUUAAGCAUGAACAGAAACUUGAUUGUGGAGGUGGUUACAUGAAGCUACUCAGUGGCGAAGUUGACCAGAAAAAAUUCGGUGGGGAUACCCCAUACAGUAUUAUGUUUGGUCCUGAUAUAUGUGGCUACAGUACGAAGAAAGUCCACGCAAUUCUUACCUACAAUGCAACAAAUCACUUGAUCAAGAAGGAGGUCCCUUGUGAGACUGACCAAUUGACUCAUGUUUACACUUUCAUUCUUCGCCCAGAUGCUACCUACAGCAUACUUAUUGACAACCAGGAAAAACAAACUGGUAGUCUUUACAAUGACUGGGAUCUACUUCCUCCUAGGAAGAUCAAGGAUUCUGAGGCUAAGAAGCCUGAAGACUGGGACGACAAGGAGUAUAUACCUGAUCCUGAAGACAAGAAACCAGAGGGUUACGAUGACAUCCCUAAGGAGAUCCCUGAUCCUGAUGCCAAGAAGCCUGAGGAUUGGGAUGACGAGGAAGAUGGUGAAUGGACUGCCCCAACCAUUGCAAAUCCUGAGUACAAGGGCCCAUGGAUGGCAAAGAAAAUCAAGAACCCGAACUACAAAGGCAAGUGGAAGGCACCCAUGAUUGACAACCCAGAAUUCAAAGGUGAUUCGGAGCUCUAUGUUUAUCCUAACCUCAGAUAUGUUGGUGUUGAGUUGUGGCAGAUAAUUUUUCCGGUUUUUGAAAAUAUAUUUCUUCCUAUAUUGGUAAGAACAUUGUUAACAUUGUUGACUUCUCUUCAGGUGAAAUCUGGCACUCUUUUUGACAACGUCUUGGUCACUGAUGACCCUGAGUAUGCCAAGCAGUUUGCUGAAGAAACCUGGGGCAAGCAAAAGGAUGCUGAGAAGGCUGCUUUUGAGGAGGCUGAGAAGAAGAGAGAAGAGGAGGAAACAAAGGAUGAUCCUGCUGAUACAGAUGUGGAGGAUGAAGAUGAUGCUAAAGACUCUGAUAAGGACGAGGGAGAUGCUGAUAAAUCAGAUGAUCAGGAAGAGGAUAAACAUGAUGAACUGUGAGAAGCGGAGCAAUAUCGAGUUGUUAGGAAGAGAAUUUACAUUAAUGGCUACUCAUAGCUGACCAGCAAUUUUUCUGUCGUCAAUUUUUAGCAAUAGGUUUUUGGCAGGACACCAAUUUACAUUAAAGCCUUGUGUGAUGGAUUUGGUUUAUUCCAUUCGGCGUAUUUGGUGGAUAAUAGCGGCUGCCCAAAGAUAUUUAUAGAGAUCAUAGGACACCAAUUUACAUUAAAGCUUUUGUAUCUUUAGUUGCAUUUCAAGUAAAUAUAAUCCGACGCUUCUCACAUUUUUAGCAAUAAGAAUUUUUAAUUUGAGAUGAGAAAA